AACAAGUGAUGAGCUGCUCGCACGUCUCUUUCACAUCUGACUUGUCACACUGCUCGAGCUUGCUCCUCCCCUCAAUAAUUUGUGCCCUUCUUGUCUCUGCUCCAGCGGUAGCUCCGGCGACCCCCGUUGACCGGCGGCGGCAGGGCGACAGAAGACGACGAGAUCUCUCUCUGGCUGGCGAGACGACGGGCGGGCGGGCGAGCAAGGGAGGUGGACGGCAGCCACAGAGGUGAAGGCUGGGAGCAGAGAGCAAACAAAGGGCACCACCUUCUGGAAGAAGAAUGGCAGAAAUUAGCGAGGGGAGCAAGGGGGCGGACAGAAGCAGAAUAUUGAUUCUGUAGUGAAGUUCUUGUGGGGUGGAAAGACCAAAAGCAGACAAACUUUGGGGAUAUCAUCAAAGGCAGACAAAUUUUGGGGGAAAUCAUCAAUUUUCCCCAACAGUUUCUGUGGAGAGCUACUGGGUAGGUGGGAGCUGGGAACCGGGAGCGGUCGUUGCUGCAUCGACCGUUGUCGGUGGCAAGGCGAUGGAGCUGGCUGUAGGUGCUUCGGAAGCCACCAUCAAGUCCCUGCUGACCAAGCUGGGAAGCCUUCUAGCGGAGGAGUAUGCCCUGAUCCGUGGCGUCCGCGGCGACAUUCAGUUCAUCAACGACGAGCUCGCCAGCAUGCAGGCCUUCCUCAGCAACCUCAGCAACAGCGCCACCGACGGCCAUGAUGACCAGACGGAGGACUGGAUGAAACAGGUCCGCGACGUCUCCUACGACAUCGAGGACUGCGUCGACGACUUCGCCCAGGGCCUCCGCCCCGACCCCCGUGGUGGUGGCCUGUGGUCCAUGAUCCGCAGGACCCUGUACGAGAUCCAGACGUAUUAUCCCCGUCGCCGCAUCGCUUCCCAGAUUGCUCAACUGAAAGAACGGGCGCAGCAUGUGGGUGAGCGCCGCGGCAGGUACGGCGUCCGUGACCCGGAGACCGGCAAGAAGAAGAGUAGCUUGGGCGGCGCCACCGGGUACCUCGUUGCUGAGCAUCAGCAGACAACCUGUCAGCUCAUUGGCGUCAAGGAGCCUGUGGGGGUGAGGGACAUGCAUGGCCUUGAGCAGUGGAUCAGCUAUGAUGAUAGCAGGAAGCAGCUGGGAGUGCUGUCCGUUGUUGGAUUCGGUGGCGUGGGCAAAACCACCAUUGCUAUGGCGCUCUACCGAAACUUCGGGGAUCAGUUUCAGCGCCGGGCGAUGGUCACCGUGUCUCAGAACUCCGAUCCUGAGGCAAUCCUCAGGAAUAUACUUAGCCAAGUCAAGCCACAGGCCAACAGCGAAGAGCAGAAAGGCCAAUAUAGCACUGGCACCAUACCGGGGGAUAAAUCAGUUCUCAGGAGCAUAUUGAGCCGAAUUAUCUUGCCGGCCCAAAAUCAAGAAGACGAUCAGGAAAGGCACACAGGCAUAAAAACAGAGUUACAGAGUUAUCUCAAAACAAAUAGGUACUUACUGUUGAUUGAUGAUGUCUGGUCAUCAUCUACAUGGCAGAACAUCAAGAGGUAUUUUCCAGAAAAUGAUGAAGGCAGCAGAAUAAUUGUGACUACACGAUUUCAAGCUGUCGCCACAACAUGUUGUGCUCACAAAGAUGAUCAUCUCUAUCCAGUUAAUGUUCUUUCUGAUGAUGAGUCCCAAAAGUUAUUUGAGAAGAGCUUGUUGGAGUGCAAGCGUACCAUAGCAAAUCAACAAAAUCGGAGAAAAAUUCCUGAUAGAGUUUGGGGAAUGUGCGGUGACCUGCCAUUGGCCAUUGUUACAAUGGCAGGUCUCGUGGCAUCCAAGCCCCUGUGGGAACAGAGCGACUGGACUAAAGUUUGCGACUCUUUGUUUCCAGAGCAAGAAAAGUGUCGCAAACCGGAGGAUUUUAUGAGGAUAAUCAAUUUUUGCUACAGUGAUUUACCUGGUGAUCUCAAAACUUGCUCUCUGUAUUUAAGCAUCUUCCCUAAGGGUCGUGAAAUUAGCAGGAAGCGGUUGACUAGACGAUGGAUAGCGGAAGGUUUUGUCAGUGAGAAGCAGGGUCUGAGUGUUGAGGAUGUUGCAGAGACAUACUUUAAUCAGCUGAUUGAAAGGAAGAUAAUGCGGCCUGUGGAGCACAGCAGCAAUGGGAAGGUGAAGAGCUGCCAAGUCCAUGACAUGAUCCUGGAGUACAUCAUGUCCAAGGCAGCUGAAGAGGAUUUCGUCACUGUGAUUGGUGGCUACUGGUCCAUGGCAACACGUAGCAACAAAGUCCGCAGGCUUUCCCUCCACAGUACUGACUCCAAACAUGCAAAGAAAGCAGAUAGCAUGAACUUGUCCCAUGUCCGAUCACUGACUCUGUUUGGGAGCCUAGACCAACUACGUUUCAAGUCAUUCAAGACUGGAAUAGUACAAGUACUAGACCUUGAAGGCUGCAAAGGUUUUAAGGCGAAUCAUGUCAGUGUCUCGGACAUAUGUGAAAUGACUUUACUCAAGUACCUAAGCCUCCGAGAUACAGAUAUCAACAAACUACCAUCGAACAUCGGGAAUCUCAAGUAUUUGGAAACUCUGGACAUAAGGCAGACGGAGAUUCAAGAGCUGCCUAAAACUGCUGGUCAGCUGGAACGAAUAAGUAACAUACUUGGUGGAGAUAAGAGAACAAGGAAAACCCUGAAACUUCCCAAGGAUAUCAAGGGAACAAUGAAAGGCCUACGCAUAUUGUCAGGCAUUGAGAUUGUCAAGGGAUCAAGUGCUGCUUCAGACCUCGGUUAUUUCACCAGGUUGAGGAAGUUGGCCAUUUACAAGCUCCAAAAAGGUGAUCAGAUGUUCAAAGAUUUACUCUCCUCUAUCCAGUACCUCAGCGGCUAUUCUCUCCAAACUCUUAUAAUUGAUGAUGAAUCAUCUGAAUUCCUCAGCACCCUGGACACUAUGACAUCCCAUCCAACAGAUUUGAGAACUCUUGAGCUGUCUGGCAAGUUGCUAAAACUCCCUAUCUGGCUUCCGAGUCUCAGUGAACUUAUCAAAUUAACUCUUUCAGCGACAGCUCUCCGGACAGAUAAUUUGGUGCUUCUAAGCAAUCUAGGUUCACUGUUUUCCCUGACCUUUUCAAUCAGUGCAGCAAAUAAGGAUCCUGAGAUGGCAGCUGUUCUCGAGAAUAAUAAGUCUGACUCUGGAGGAGAGAUCUUUGUCCCAUCUGCAGGAUUCCGUAAGCUCAAACUGCUUCGCAUAUUUGUACCUCUUCUCCCAUCACUCAACUUCUCAAAGAAGGGUACACCCCUGCUCGAAAGGCUUGAACUCCGCUUCAAAAGGUUGGAAGGUGUUCAUGGCAUGGACAAACUCAGCAGCCUGCAUGAUGUACUUUUAACAGUUGAUGACAAAGCUGGUAAACUUACAAAGUCGGUACUAGAUGAUUUGAAGAAAAGCUCGUCGUCGAGAAAGUAUGCCCUGAUUGUCAACGAGUAUCAAGGUUAACUGGAAUUGGUAUGACUCAUCUGAUGUUCUGCCAGUCUGCCGAUUACAAGUUCAACUCUUAAGCAGAAAUCUGUUUCUUGCUGCUUGUAUCCUACUUCUAAUUUACAUGUCGGUGUAUUGUCGUGUCAUGUAUUUGGUCGUCUUUCUUUGGAUCUGUAUGAUACUUUUAAAUGGUGCUUGUAACUUGUAAGGUUGCAUUCAGACCUUCUCAAAUCUGUUGUGUUUAAACAGUUGAAAUUCCAAAAUGACAUCUAUUCAGGAACAUAUAUUUGGUGCUA